CAUUGAAAAUAGGCGGUGGAAAACGUUAACUUCCCUGCGUCAACUUUCCCCUUAUAUUUGCCUGCCUUCUUCCUUGAUCCCCACGAUCUCUCUCUACACCAUUUAUAUAUUCUGUUUCUCUGUUUUACCAUUUCUCUCUCUAAAUUUUCUUUCCUGACAUCAAGCUCCGCUUUGCUUCCCUGAGAAAACCAAGCGCCACUGCCCCGACCAGAGUGAAAGAUCUGCUACCGCUUCAUCUUAUCAAGCAAGAUGGUUUCUUUUGAGAUGAACGACAGGAAAAAAAUUGGACUGGGAUUGACUGGCUUUGGCGUUUUAUUCUCAUUCUUGGGAAUUAUUUUCUUCUUUGAUAAGGGUCUUCUUGCUAUGGGAAAUAUCCUCUUCUUGUCAGGGGUGAUGGUAACCAUCGGAUUGAAAUCCACCAUGCAAUUCUUUACAAAACCCCGAAAUUACAAGGGUUCAGUAGCAUUUGGUGUGGGUUUCUUUUUGGUCCUUAUCGGAUGGGCUUUCUUGGGCAUGAUUCUUGAAGCAUACGGUUUUAUUGUACUCUUCAGUGGUUUUUGGCCCACAGUGGCAGUAUUCGUACAACGUAUACCUAUUCUGGGUUGGAUUUUCCAGCAGCCAUUUGUGGCAUCAUUCUUGGAUCGUUUCAGAACCAAGAGAGUACCCGUGUAAUCAACCGACACGAGCAAUUCUGAAGCAAGUAGCUGUAAACAAUGAGCCUAUCUGUAAAUAGCCCCCACACACGGUGUCAGCACUGAUUUGGAUCAGCAGAAAUGCCAGAGAUUUUUAUGUUUAUGUAAAUCUUAUGGAAGAGGAAUUCUUCAUUUUCUUUAUUUUCUUAGUUUUUAGGAAACAUAGGUUGUUUUAAUUCAUUUGUUGAUUGAAUA